AUGAUGAAAAAAUUAAGAAGGUGCCUCAAAACCCAACUCUCUAAAAUCUUUAAAAAACCCCCCAAACCACCGUCAAAGCCCCCAAAAAUCGACACACCACCUCAAUCCCAACCCCCAAUUCCUGAUAUGGCAACCCCCCAAUACCCCAAAUCAUCCCCUCGCUUCCUCUUCCCACAGGUCCAAUCCUCAGUUCUUCCAGACCCUUCCCUUUUCUUCUCUCCACCCCUUCUCUCUUCUCCUCUACCCACGAACUCCUUCUUCCAAAACUACACACUCAACCUCGGUGCAAAUCCCGAAUAUCUCCAUCCAUAUCUCAUCAAAUCCUCCAACUCUUCCCUAUCCAUCUCAUACCCAACUCGUUUUUCCACCCCUUCUUUCAUCUACCAAACUUUCACCGCCGAUCUUACAAUCUCAGCCUUCCAAUCCACAAACCCCACCAAUCACAUCAUCACAGCCUUUCAUGACCUCAGCGUCACCUUAGAAAUCCCCCCCAGCCUUCGUUUCUUCCUUGUCAGGGGCUGCCCGUUUGUAACCUGCUCCACCCUCUCCACUACCCGUCUCUCAAUCUCGACCGUCCAUGCCAUCCUCUCCCUCACAUCCAACCCUUCAAACACCAAGCACGUGCUCAAGCUCAACAACGACCAGACCUGGAUUUGCUACUCCUCAUCCCCACUGAAUCUUUCAUACACCACCUCUCUCCUCACUUCGUCGGAUUUCUCAGGUGUCGUCCGCUUCGCUAUCCUGCCGGGCCCCAGCCAGCAGUAUGAGACCGUGCUCGAUCGCUUCAGCGCGUGCUAUCCUGUUUCGGGUGAUGCGGCAUUUACCGGACCGUUCUGCCUGCAGUACCAUUGGGAGAAGAAGGGGUGGGGUGAACUUCUACUGCUGGCCCACCCUCUCCAUCUACAGCUAUUAUCGAAAGAUAACUGCAGUGUGGAGAUAUUGGAUGAAUUUAAGUACAAUAGCAUUGAUGGUGAGCUUGUGGGGGUUGUCGGGAAUUCGUGGGUCUUGAAAACGGAACCGGUUUCGGUAACUUGGCAUUCGAUGGGGGGUGUAAGAGAGGAAUUCUUCCCGGAAAUUGUAUCUGCCCUUCAGAAAGAUGUUGAUGGAUUGAAAUCGAAUCCGAUAACAACAUCUUCAUCUUACUUUUAUGGGAAGGCAAUUGCCCGAGCAGCUAGAUUUGCAUUGAUUGCAGAGGAGGUCUGUUUUCCGGAUGUGAUCCCGGCUGUCCGACAGUUUUUACAGGACACGAUCACGCCGUGGUUAGCUGGGAAUUUCAAUGGGAAUGCUUUCCUGUAUGAUAGGAAGUGGGGUGGUAUCAUCACUCAACAGGGGUCGUCGAAUUCAGGGGCUGAUUUUGGAUUUGGAAUCUAUAAUGAUCAUCAUUAUCAUUUGGGGUAUUUCCUUUACGCAAUUGCAGUGCUUUCGAAGAUCGAUCCAGCAUGGGGCCGGAAGUACCGGCCUCAGGCGUACUCGAUGGUGGCAGAUUUCAUGAACUUGGGCCGACGAGCGAAUUCGAAUUACCCGCGUUUGAGGUGCUUCGAUCUGUGGAAGCUGCAUUCGUGGGCUGGUGGGCUGACUGAAUUCGCUGAUGGUCGGAAUCAAGAGAGCACAAGUGAGGCGGUGAAUGCAUACUAUUCAGCGGCAUUGAUGGGUCUGAGUUAUGGGGACACCCAUUUGGUGGCUGUCGGAUCAACACUGGCUGCAUUUGAGAUGCGGGCUGCACAGACGUGGUGGCAUGUGAGGGAAGGGGAGGGAAUGUAUGAGGAGGAUUUCAGUAGGGAGAACAGGGUUGUGGGAGUGUUGUGGAAUAACAAGAGGGACAGCGGUCUUUGGUUCGCGCCGGCUGAGUGGCGGGAAUGCAGAACGGGAAUUCAGGUGUUGCCACUGCUGCCAAUCACUGAAGUCCUAUUUUUGGAUGUUGGGUUUGUGAGGGAGUUGGUGAAAUGGACAGUGCCAGCAUUGGCACGGGAAGGUGUUGGGGAAGGGUGGAAAGGCUUUGUUUAUGCAAUGGAAGCUGUUUAUGACAAGGAGACAGCUUUAGAGAAGACAAGGGGAUUGACGGGUUUCGAUGACGGAAACUCGCUCUCGAACUUGCUUUGGUGGAUUUAUAGUAGAAGUGAUGGAGAAGAAGAUUGUUUUGGAGGAGGGAAGCAUUGCUGGUUUGGAAAUUACUGUCAUUGAAAGAGGAAAGACUGUUUGGUGUUUGUUGGAUUUUGUUUCUGUUUUAUGGUGUUUUCUUAUUGUGGGUAAUUUGAAUAAAUUAUGGAGGUAAGGGUGGAUAGCUUUUCA